AUGUCCCGCCUCACCAUAGUUCCAGUACACGACCGCAUUGCAGCAUCAACCGCGCUUUUCGAAUCGCCUGGGAUCCUCACCGAGAUGUACUGUACAAGCUCUACAUCGAGGACAGAAAGGUACGUUAAACCAACUCAUUACUCGUCGCCGCAACCCCAGUCGCGCACGGCUAACCAGAUUCAGUCCCUCGAGGAGAUUAUGCAGUACAUGCGCGAUGCCGCCAACUUCACUCCCUCCAAGCGCGCCUUUCAGACACAAUUCAAGAGAUGGGGAUUUCCGUCGAAGCGCAAGCCAUCUUUCCGCGACGAGGAUCUGGUUGAUCGCGUGAGGCAACUAUGGGAGGCAAACUACAGUCAACGCAAUAUGCUACACACUCUUCAGGCCGAAGGUCACGAUAUCAAGGAACGCGAACUGAUGAGACUGCGCGCGAAAAAUCGCUGGCUCAUGCGCAUUCCGAACGGUGCCAAGCAGACACCCGGCGAUGACCCGGAAGCACAGUUAAUAGAGGCUGCGAAGGAUGAUGAAAACAUGGCCCAAUCAGACCAACAACACGUUACCGAAGAGCCACCACCAGAUUUCGUGGAGCGUCAGAAGGAAAGACUUCAAGAACUUCAAGCCAUCAGCGACCAACGCUGGAGAGACAAGAAACGCCGUCGUCGAACCAAAGGGUAUGCAGGUCUGCCACCUGAUCCCGCGGGCAUGCCACCACGAUUCCCCUCCGAGACUACGCUUGAAGAAAGCCGAGAAAUAUUGAAUCUCGAUGCGAGACAAUACCGUGCCAUUCGCGAUCAGUUCCAAGGGAUUUGUGAGGAGGAGCAAAUCAUGCAAAAGACGGUUGCUGGGGCGGAGAAGUGGCAAGCCGUCAAAGAUCGCCUGGUUCGUGAGAAUACCCUGUUACAGGCCGUGAUGUGGCAGGACACCAGCAAUCUUCAAUCCAAAGAACUUGCCCUGGACGUCAUCUGCACCGAUGUUACGAAGCGCAUCCGGACGCUGGGUCGUAGAUUGACCAUCCUGGAGUCUAAGAAGGUGCUGGGCUUGAACCCUGAUCAAAGUCGACAGAUUCGUGGCGAGUUCUACGAGAUCCUCGAGUCGGAGUAUUACACGAGUAAGCUCGAGAUGGGACCGGCAAAGUGGAAGGAACUCAAAGAUCGUUGGGUCGCCAACAAUUCAUAUCUCCAGAGCAUCCUCGCAGCGGGCGACGCCGACCCGGAGCAUAACCGAAAGCUAGCGGCCAUGGAGCUGUUGUGUCGAGAUGUGAUGAAACGCGUGCGAGAUGACCGGGCAAAGAAGAAGGGCACUUUCAGGAAAAAGUCCGUUCAACCCUUGACGCCUGCAGCAGACACUGCAGACACUGCAGACACUGCGCCUCUACCACCUUCGCCACCAGUCGCUCCCGCACCAGCCUCUGCCAGUAGCGCAUAUCGAGACGCCCUGCCUGCAAAUCCAUUUGGUGAAGCACCGCCCCCGGCACCGCAGAAUGAUCUGUCAGACUUGCAAAUCGACCCCAACUUGUUGCAGGUGGCGGACCAUCUAGGCACCCCACAAGUCUCGAGGCGAACGCCGGUAUUUGUCCGUCCACAUCCCAACUCGACCAUGUACACGAGCACGAAACUCUCUCUCGGGUCUUUAAAUGGUCAAACUGUUCAGGAGCUUCAUGCCAUGCUCGAAGAAAUGUACCCCCAUGCAAAAGCGGAGCAGAUCAAUGGUAUCGACAAAGAUGGCGCAGGCAAGGAGAUUUCCUAUCUCAUUGAGGAAAAUGAUGAAUUAGAGGCGUAUCUCGACCACGUCCAAGGACGCAAGGCUAUGUUUGUGGUGGAGCUCAAGAGAGCUUGA